CAUUAGGAAAGGCGACCGAAUCCUCGAAGUGAAUGGCAUUAACGUCGAGGGGGCCACUCAUAAGCAGGUUGUGGAUCUAAUAAAGAGCGGUGGAGACAAACUGACACUUACGGUGAUUUCGGUCACUCCACGGGAGGCCGAGAAGUUGGAGCCGAACGACGAGACGUCGAGCUAUUCAUACCUGGAUUACAGCGAAAAGCGUUCGCUUCCCAUAUCUAUUCCCGAUUAUAAUUACAUCGAAAGAAAUGCCGACAAAUAUGUGGUGUUCAACAUAUAUAUGGCGGGCCGUCAUCUGU